UGAUGAAAUUGCUCUUACAGUUUUUUGCAGUAGAUAGACCGAAUCGAUUUUUGUAGAAUUUAUAUUGUUAUUGCUGGCGAUCAUUAUUCAAAAAUAAAAUAUUAGCAUAAUCUUAUUUAAUAGAUAUUAUGAUUUAUUUGAUGUAUUUUAUUAAUUUGCAAAAUAUGUUUAAAUGUAAUAUUUUUUUUUUUUAACCUGUUUAAAUGUAAUAGUUAUCUGUUUAGAAAUAUUGUUACUAUUUUAUAAUUUGAAACCAUUUAUAUAUUGUAAAACUAUGUUUUUAUGGGUCAAGCCCAGGCCCAUGAGGGGGUUUGGAAAUAGUUUUCAACCAGAAAUAGACGCGCAACAGUUAGUACUUCGUUAACUGCGUCUUUGCCACGCAAAGAUGCUUUUCACGAAAGCAUGCGAAUAAUGGAAGUUUAUUGAGGUUCAAAGUUCUUGCAACGGAUGUGGGGCAAAUACACGCACCUUUGCAAACAAGCUCCGAUUGGGCUUAUGCGUCUUGGGCCUAAGAAGAUGGGUUGGGCUACGCAAAUCAACAACAGCUGUUCUUUUUUUUUUUGCCAAGGUUACCUUUUAUUAGUUUCAAUUGCAACAGAAAGUAAGUACUAUUCAACUAUGACUUGAAUGCAGUAUCUGGAAACUUAUGGGAACAUGCACAAUAACAACAAAUCCAAGAAGAAUAACUUCCCAUUAAUGACAUUACCUUCAACGUAAAGCAGCGUUGAACAGUUUCAGAUUAGAGAGCAGUCCCCUAAUCUUAUAUCUGGGGAGGUCAUCUUUUUGUUCAAAUCUCUAGAAGUGAGGAAAAGAAUAUGCCAAACCCAUUGCAGAAAUCGUUGCAUGGUUACCUGUCAAAGAUAAAAAAAGAGACAGGGAAGCUGCAAGUGUCGAACUCAUUCUCAUCAUCGAAGAAGUGGGUGCUUGCUGGCUGUAAGCAUCCCAAGAAGCUCUCCUUCUCCUUCAAACACAGACGACGCCCCAGCAAGACUAGAUUCAACGACGACCACGUUUACCAGGAUCCCGGUCACGCCGCCACCUUGUCCGACAUAGACCGUUUCCUUGAGGAAAACUUCAAAUCCCUCUGCAUCAGAGAUGAGGAGGGGGAGGAGGAUGCCAAAAGCAAGGGGAAAAGGGAACAACAGUCCUCCUCCUCAGAUGAAGACGACACUGAUGACUAUAGUCACAGAUUCGAGAGGACAUGGGGACCGGCCGUCUACGACUCCCCCAAACUGCCUAGGACAGAGAGACUAUCUCCACCGCCUGGAUCAUCGGAGGGUAGGGCCAGCAUGUAUACCACAUCGGAGGAGGGACCUUCCUCGUCGAGGUCCAAAUCAUCCAGCUUGGUGCUGCCUGAGAAGUGCAUCGCGGUGCUGAGGUACACUGAAGAGCCUCAGGAGGAUUUCAAGAGGUCGAUGGUGGAGAUGAUGGAGUCCAAGUUAGGAGGGAGCGAGGUGGACUGGGACUUGAUGGAAGAGCUUCUCUUCUGCUAUCUCGAUCUCAACAACAAGAAAUCACACAAGUUCAUACUCAGCGCAUUCGUAGAUCUCAUCAUCUCUCUCCGUGACAAGGAGAAGAGUAUCACCAGGAAAGGCCUCGUCAGGUCGCUCAGUACUCGCGCCGCCAGGGAGAGGCUUAGGAAGAGGAUGGCCUCCAGCGACGCCUUUCGCAACUAACUCAUGCCUUUUUUUUCUUUGUUGUAAUUCAAAACGUUCCAUCAACUGAACAAAACAAAAUAAUAAUUACUUUUGUUCUUCUCA